AUGGAUGAAUGGAAGGGAAGGGAUGAUGUGCAGGCCUGUGUCACCGCGACAGUGAAGCAAACUAUGUCAGGACAUGUGAUGGUGAGGCAUGAUCAGAAGCAUAUAAAUGGUCGUUACUCGAUGGCUGUCGAAGCGAUGAGAGGCAGUUAUGGUGAACUGGCGUUACAGCUCCAAAUGCCAUGGUGUGCCAAGUGGGUGACCAGUUUGGAUGCGCGUAGUGUCCGAUUCGUGCUUGUGAGCACCUUAAUUGUGCGCCGAAAUGGGAUGUCAGUGCAUGCACUGCCACCUUGCUCUGCUUUGAUAGAAGUGCUGAAACUGUGUAGGUUGGCAGCCGGCACGCAUCACAUACCUGCUUUCGCGUGGAGAUCACCAACUCUCCACCACAACAUCGUCGCCUCCCUACCCAAGAUCGAGAGCACAUUGUUUAGUGUCAAUCCGUCCGUCAAUCGGUGCACCACACCUCAUGGUGCAUCGGCAGAGGAGUAG